AAAAGAAUGAAAUACCGGAUAAAGAAAGCCAUCCCAUUUCAUCAUUGACCUUCCUUUUUGUGCGCGUUUCCCCUCCCAACCUUUUAUCUGGACGGUACUGCCCAACCAGGCCAAAACUCCAUGAAUCUGCCAUACUUUUUCCUUUCCCACUGAACCUUUCUUGAAUCUGCUCCAUAUCCUGAAGAAUGGUCUCUGAAAAUCUAACUUCCAACGGCCCUCAAGCAUGGUUUUGCACUACAGGGUUACCAAGCGAUGUGACAAUUCAGGCGGAUGACAUGACCUUCCAUCUUCACAAGUUUCCGUUGAUGUCGAAAAGUCAAAAGCUUCAUGACUUAAUUACAGAGCAAGAGACAGAACAUAGACUGGAUGGUAAUUGUGAUGGAGAGAUAGAAGAAGAAGAAGACGAGAUGGCGGCGGAGACAGUGGAAUGUCACAUUUCCUUCCCUAAUUUCCCGGGCGGGUCGGAGACUUUUGAGGCUGCUGCAAAGUUCUGUUACGGAGUCAAGAUUGACUUGUCGGCUUCCAACGUGGCUUCUCUCCGGUGUGCUGGGGAAUAUUUGGCGAUGACCGAAGAAUAUGCCGAAGAAAAUCUCAUCUCAAAGACGGAGAGAUUUUUUGCCCAAACCGUCCAAAGUAGUAUCAAGGACUCGAUCAAAAUCCUAAGCUCCUGCGAGAAGCUCUUGCCGUUGGCGGAGACACUCGGCAUUGUUCAGAGAUGCAUUGAUGCUAUUGCGGCAAAUGCCUCGUCCGCAGAUUCGUCGUUGUUUGGAUGGCCGGUGAGCGACGGGGCUGCCAACCGGAAAGGAAUUGUCAACAGGUCUUUCUGGAACGGCGUGGAAGCGAAUACUCACGGGAAAGGCGUUUCCAGAGACAGGGAGACAGAAGACUCGUGGUAUGAAGAGCUUGGCCAUCUGAGAUUGCCUUUGUUCAAGCGUUUGAUUUUAGCCAUGAAAGGUCAACGAUUGAAUCCGGAAGUCAUCGAAAACUGUUUGAUAUGCUAUGCACAGAGAUAUAUUCCUGGACUUUCACGAUCUAAUCGGAAACCAUCUUCAUCAUCCAUACCUGAUGAGAACGAGCAGAGAGAGAUUCUCGAGACUAUUGUAGCGAAUCUCCCAGCAGAUAAAAGCUCAAGAGCCUCCUCAACAACCCGAGUGCUAUUCGGAUUACUGCGCGCCGCGAACAUUCUGGAAGCAUCAGAGAAUUGCCGAUCAGGACUGGAGAGGAAAAUCGGAUCGCAACUGGAGCAAGCUACGCUUGAUGAUCUUCUCCUUCCAAGCUUUUCACAUCAAAACGAAACUCUGUAUGAUGUGGACUGCGUCGAGAGAAUUUUAGGUCAUUUCUUAAGUGGUUUGGAAGAUCAAUCAGCAAAUGGAGGUGUUGAAGGCGAUGAAGAUACCAACAGUUCGAGAUCUACUUCCGUAAUGCUGGUAGGGAAAUUGAUAGACGGUUACUUAUCUGAGAUAUCGGUUGACUCUAAUCUGAAGCCGGAGAAAUUCUGCAAAUUAGCCGUUUCUCUUCCUGACCAAGCUAGACUCUUGGAAGACGGCCUUUACAGAGCAGUUGAUGUCUAUCUAAAGGCGCAUCCAUGGAUAUCGGAGGCGGAGAGAGAGAGAAUCUGCGGAGUAAUGGAUUACCAGAAGCUGACAUUAGAGGCGUGCACUCAUGCGGCUCAGAACGACCGCCUCCCGCUAAGAGCAAUUGUUCAGGUACUGUUUUUCGAGCAACGUCAACUCCGGCACGCCAUUGCCGGAACUCUGCUAGCCGCGCAAUUGCCUCAGCUGGAAAUCGGCGGGGAAGGGGAAGAUGACGAGGAGGCGGCAGAGUCGCCGGCGCAGGGAGCGAGCUGCACGUGGAGAGCAGCUGUGAGGGAAAAUGAGGUGUUGCGACUGGACAUGGAUAGCAUGAGGACGCGUGUGCAGGAGCUGGAGCGCGAGUGCUCCACAAUGAAAAGAGCGUUUAAUAAAGCGGUUGGGCGCGGCGGCGAUGGCGGCGGCGAGCAGGGCGGAGGGUGGAGGAAGAGGUUCGGGUGCAAGUUUAAGGCCCAAAUAUGUGACUCCCAUGAGCCCACUGUUGCGGAAGCCCGUAAAGGACGGUCCCGUCGACAUCAAUAACAUUGUAUUUACAAAAUUUCAAUUCUUUUCAGUCAGAAUUCUUAAAUCUUAAUUUAUUUAUUUUUACUAAAACAAAUUACGGGAGCAUUAUGCUAUUGCUGCUUACAUUCCUACCACUUUUGUACGUUAAAUUUGUGAGUGAUUACAACAUACUUUGUUGAAAAAUGAUGUUUGUACACACUUUUG